CUUAGAAACCUGCCGGCGGAGCGAAUGGGCGGUCUGUGCUAGUGCGCACGCGUGCCUGGACUUGAGCUAAAGAGAGGAGGUACUGCCAGCUCGGCCGCGGCAGUUGAGGACUUGGCGCGAGUCCUAAAGAGAGCAAUUAACUGAGAAGGCUUGAAAGAGAAGCCAGGCUGUUGGGUCUGUGGGCGAGAUGGAGUCUCAACAGGAGCACGCUGAACAUCCACCCUUCUGCUUGACUCUGAAAGGCUUUGUGAAAAUGCUGCGGUUGGGAGUAACUGUGACGUCUAUGGUCUUUUUCAUCAUCGCACAAGCCCCUGAGCCGUACAUCGUCAUCACUGGGUUUGAGCUCAUCAUUGUUUUCUUUUUCAUAACUUUGUACAUGUGCAGGCUUGACAAAAAGAUGAGAUGGCUGUUUUGGCCUUUGCUUGAUGUCAUCAACUCAAUGAUAACAACGCUAUUCAUGCUUAUUGUGUCUGUGUUGGCUCUGAUACCAGAAACAUCAAAAAUGACUGUCCUUGGAGGGGUGUUCGGUCUCCUGACGGUAGUAUGUACCAUUGCUGACUGUGCCCUUACAUACCGGAAACUUCUGUUUAAUCCAAGUGGACCUUUUCAGAAAAGUCCUUCUAUUGAUUAAUAAUAAUAAUUUGGGAGCCGGGCGUGGUGGCGCACGCCUUUGAUCCCAGCACUCGGGAGGCAGAGGCAGGAGGAUCUCUGUGAGUUCGAGACCAGCCUGGUCUACAAGCAAGUCCAGGACAGCCAAGAUUACACAGAGAAACCCUGUCUCGAAAAACCAAAAAUUUAAAAAAAUGCCGGGCUGUGGUGGCGCACGCCUUUAAUCCCAGCACUUGGGAGGCAGAGGCAGGUGGAUCGCUGUGAGUUCGAGGCCAGCCUGGUCUACAGAGCGAGUCCAGGACAGCUAAGGCCACACAGAGAGACCCUGUCUCAAAAAAGAAAAAAGAAAA